AUGUAUAAAGUAUGUUUUGGCGCAGGAGGCUCGCCGUCGGUGAGGGGCCGGCGGCCUCGUCCGUCCACGUGCGGAGUCAAGGGAGGCCGGGCAGCAGCGGCACCGGACAGGAGGCAGGCGGGGCGUGUCACCGGCGGCAAGGACGCACUGCCCGGAGAAUGGUGCUGGCAGGUGGCACUUGUGAACGCGAAGAACCAGUACCUGUGCGGUGGCGCUCUGAUCGGAACUCAAUGGGUACUCACGGCUGCGCAUUGUGUCACCAGCCUAGUGCGCAACGGCGAGCCCGUGUUCGUGCGCGUGGGCGACCACGACCUAGGCAGCGAGCGUGGUCACCCCGGGGCGCAGACCCGGCGCGCGGCCACCACCUACAUCCACCACAACCAUAACGGACAGAGCCUGGACAACGACAUUGCGCUCCUCAAGCUCCAGGGGCCCGUGCAGCUCAACAGCGUCGUCUGCCUCGUCUGCCUGCCGGCCAGGGGAUCGUCCAGGAGCCCCGGGAACCGCUGCACCGUCACGGGCUACGGCUACCUAGGGGAAGGGGGUCCCAUCGCCCUCCGCGUGCGCGAGGCCCAAGUGCCGGUGGUGGAGGACCGUGAGUGCACGACCAAGAUCAACGCGGUCACCGAGAAGCAGUUCCUGCUGCCUGCGAGCACCUACUGCGCGGGGGGAGAGAGCGGCAACGACGCCUGCCAGGGCGACGGCGGAGGCCCGAUGGUGUGCCACGUGGACGGCUUCUACGAGCUCACUGGCCUCGUGUCCUGGGGCUUCGGCUGUGGGCGAGCCGACGUCCCGGGGGUUUACGUCAAGGUGUCCGCCUUCAUCGGGUGGAUCAACCAGAUCAUCAGCGUCAAUAACCUAUAG